GAGAGUGGAAAAUAUGGCUUCUCUUGUUUUGGGAAGGAAAAUGUUUUCCAUCAUUAAGGAUGGAAUUUUCCGCCAUUGGAAAAAUUGUUUUCCACUCCUUAACAAACCAAACAAAGAAAAAUGGUAAAAAAAAUGAAAAAAAUCAUUUUCCAUGAAAACGUUUUACAUUAAACCAAACAGGCCAAAAAAAAAAUUACAACUUUUGAAUACAUUUGUAUUGUUUGUCGAUUAGUACGUGGACAGUAGUUUUUUACCAAUGUCAAAAUUCUCCAAUUUUUACUUAUAAGUUAUGAUGGGCCUAGCUCGUUGUAUUUCUACUAUAUCAAUGAACAUCCAAAAACAAAACCCAAAAUUAAUAGCCCAAUACAACACCCCACCAAAAAAAUAAAAAUAAAAUAAAAAUUACUUGAUACAAUCGAGCUAGCAAGGAGUAGCAACGGCUCAAUAGCUAGCCCCUACACUUUUCCAACGGUAAUAUUUCUAAUCUCAAGAAAAAGACAAUUUAAUCCUUCAAACUCACAAGUCACAACCCCAAAAACCUUCAUCUCCUCCAAAACCCCAGAAAUUAUUCAUCUUCAUUCAACUCAAUUCCUCAAUGAAAAACAAUGUAAUUCUUCUUCUUUCUUUCUCUGAAUCUUAAUUCAGAUUAUCCUCUUCUCUGGGUCUUCACCAUUUUACUCUUUGAAACACUGAUAAAGUUACAAUUCACAAGUUCUUAACUUUAUCAGUAGUAGCAAUCAAUUCUGGAUAAAAUGGGUUGCUUUUCCACCUGCUUUGGCAAUUGCAAGCGCUCUCGAAGACGUCGAAGACGGCACGGGAAUACCAACACGUCUUCCCUUCUUCAUCAUCUGCAGACAUAUGAAUCUGUUGAAGGUUUUCAAGUGCCGCAUUUGAUUAAAGAGCAAGAAGAAGAAGAAAAGGGUGAAAAUCAAAUUGAAUUUACUCCUGAUUCAAAAGAAGAGAAAAUCGAGAAGGCGAAUUCGAGUGAGCGGAAGAAGGUUACAUUUGAUUUGAAUGUGAAAAUCUAUGAAGAUUUUCGAACAGAGGAAGAAUUGGAUGUCGAUUUUGAGGGAAACGAAGAGGAAGAGAAAGAUGAGAGAGCAGAGAUUAAAGAAGAGAAAUCGGGUUUUGGUAGUCAAUGUAAUUCAGAUUCAAGCUCUUCGAGCUUGUUUUCUUUUCCAACUGAUCAUCGGUAUCGAAAUUGUAGGGAUAGUGAUGAUGAAUUUGAUGAAUUAUCAUCUGAUGAAAGUGAAAUUGAUGAUGAUUAUACUGAUGAUGAAGAUAAUGAUGUAGAGAGUGAAAUUAAGAGUGAAAAUCAGUUGAAGUGUCAAGAACAGUCAUCAGAAUCUCUGUUUUCUCUGUCUUUAGAUUCCAGAAAACAGGGGUUUGAGUCAGAAACAGGGGAUAAAGAAGUGAAUAGCCCAAUACCAAUCAAGAAUUCAUCUACUAAAGACUCGAAUUCGAGUGAAUUUGAUGAAAAUACUCGUAAAUACGUCAAUUCUGUAUUGAACCCAGUUGAGAAUCUGAGUCAGUGGAAGUUUAUUAAGGCAAGAUCAAAGCUUGCAUCAAAGGAUCAGUCUCAAGCAAAGGAGAAUGUGGUUUCAUCAGGCCAAGAUUUCAGCUUUCCUGUGAAAAAGGCGGUUGUUUCAGACCGAGAAAUCGGGGUUGAUACAAGCCUUUCUAGCUGGCUAAUGUGUUCAGAAGGAACACACAAGAAUAACAGCAGAAGCAGCUCAGUUUCAGUGGGAAAUUCACCAUCUGACAGAAAAACAUGCUCCUGUUCUCCUAAUAAAUUUGAAGAUAGACCUAUAUUAGGAGCUUUAACUCUUGAAGAGCUAAGGCAGCAUUCGGCUACUUCCUCGCCGAGGAAAUCGCCAAGCAAGAAUCCUGAUGAUAUCCCCAUCAUUGGAACUGUUGGAAGUUACUGGAGUCAUACAGAGCAGACUACUAAUUCUGGGUCAAGCACAAAAAGUACUAAAAGCAGAUUCAGAGAGAGUGCCGAAGUGAUUUGGGAUGCAACACCGUUCGAAACGAAGUUGGAGAAAGCACUUGAAAAAGAAGGCAGUGGUGAACAGAUUGUAGCAAUGUGAUGGAAAGAAAUGCUGUAAAACAGAAAAUGUAUGAAAGAAAGAACAAAAAUCUCCCCCAUCCCCAAUUCUUUAUUUAUUUGCCGUAUUAGUGUGGUCAAUUGACCAUGUCUAAUACCGUGUGAUCUAUUGUAACUACUUGAAUUUGGUUGUGUGAGUUGCAAUAAAAUGUGUGUUGAUUUUUUGAAGGUCC